CCAUUAUCCGCCAUUUUAAGCAAAUAUUCUCCAUUGGAACUUCCGAUCCUCAUGGAACAUUUUCAUCUCUCUCUUUCUCAACGAUCACCUCUCAAACAAACAAACCCUCUUUCCCAAUUCCCAACAAAAACAAAACUUCAACCCCAUUUUUCUCUUUUGGGUUCUUCCAACCCUACCCCAAAACCUUGCAUUCCCAUUCACGCUCACAUUGCAUCCCCAACACAUAACCAGGGUUUAAAUUCCCAAGCUUGUUUAUGGAACUAGGGUGCAAGUUCAUUUUCAAGAAAAAAAAUGCAUGUGAUCAUGGUCAUAUCAAUGACAAUGACAAUGACGAGCCUCGGUGUUUCCGAUGUUUCCGAUUAUGAUUGUUAAUGGACUGAUUAUGUAGGAUUUUCCAGUUCUCCAUUUUUUAUAAAGAAGGGUAAACAUAAUUAUUCAAGUUUCUCCGCCGUUUAUAAUUUUGUUUUCAGAGGGAUUUGGUAAUUAUGUCACCUUCACAAUAUGGCAAUUUUGUUUAUGUGUGGAAAUCAAAAUUAUCGGUUAAAUGUGGAUAGACAUUGAGUUUUUUUUAACAGUUUAUUGUGAAAGGUGGUUAAGUUGAGCUAACUGUAUAAUCUUCAACCAUGAGUAAUGAGGAUCCUGGAAUUUCAGGCUAUCAAUAUAGAGGUAUAGAAAAUGUUGGGUUUAGCGACAUAACCCCUUCUGAUGAAGAUAAUGUAUGUCAUCAGACCGGUGAAGAAUUUUCUUCCGAGUUCUUACGCGAUCGGGUUGCUUUAAGGAAGUUUCCUGUCAUACCUGAUGCUGAGCAGCGCCUGCCAAACAUAUUGAACUUCAAUAAUAACAAUUAUCAAUUGAUCUACGAGGAUCAAAAUCAAAAUCAUGUCCUUGGUCUAGGGAGAAUAGAUUCUGAUAACAAUUUGGAUUUUUCAGAGAUUGCUUCAUCUAGAGGCUAUGUUGCUGAAGCUGACAACAGGGCUUAUCAUAAUAAUUUGAGCAAAUACCAGUGUGAACUUGGUGGUAUCAGACAAGCAUCGAGAGCGUUUUCCAGACAAUCAUCAAGUAGGUUUUCUGACGAAUGCGAUCAAUUUGCCUCAGGACCAAAUAGUGGUAUCAGACAAACAUCGGGUGCAUUUUCCAGACAAUUAUCAAGUAGGUUUUCUGACGGAUGCGAUCAAGUUGGCUCAGGACCAAAUACUCCAUCUAUUUAUGCUGUUGAGUCUCCUCGUUCAUGCCAUCCUUAUGGAACAGUAUUCUCUGAAGGUUCCUUCUUCAAGAAAAUAAAGUUUCUAUGUAGUUUUGGAGGUCGAAUACUGCCAAGGCCAAAUGACGGGAAACUCAGAUAUGUGGGUGGAGAGACGCGGAUUAUAUCGAUCAGGAAGAACAUCACGCAUGAAGAACUUACGGAGAAAACUUCUGGUAUUUGCAAUCAAACUCACACUAUCAAAUACCAACUUCCUGGAGAGGAUCUUGAUGCUCUUAUAUCUGUUUGUUCUGAUGAGGAUCUUCAUCAUAUGAUUGAGGAAUAUGAAGAGCUUGAAAGAGCUGGAGGAUCUCAACGGCUUAGGAUUUUUCUUAUACCUUCAAAUGAACCUGAUAGUCCAAGCUCUAAUGAAUCAAGAGUCAAUCAGCAAAGUGAUGUUGAUUACCAUUAUGUUGUUGCUGUUAAUGGUAUACUAGAUCGAAGUCCGCGAAAGAAUCAUGGUGGACUAAGUCUGGCAAACCAUACAAGCCAAUUUGCAAAUACCUCUGAUUACAACAACCCACAUUUCCAUAGGGAAUCAUCCACAUAUGCAUUUGCUUCAGAGGUAAAGGAUUGCAACCCAACCUCUUCAAAUUUGGGAGACAUAAUGUCAAAACCAGGUCCAUUUUUAACAUCACUUAAGGUAGGGGGCAAGUCAUUUAAUCAAAGGCAUCUCUCUGGCAUUUGUGUGCAGCCUAACGAUCAAAAAAAUUCUAAUGUUCAGUUAUUUACGGAUCAAUCAUAUAAUGUUGUUAAUGAAAACAUUAUACCCUAUGGCAUGGAAAAAAUUCCACGUGACAACUCUUUGUAUGUAGAUGAUACCAGUUAUGCUGAUCCCAUUACAUAUUAUAACAAUCUUACCCAAGGGUCUCCAUGUGUGAACUAUCAUCCUAGUAAUCAAUAUACAUUGGAGUCUGACCAAGACAGGAAGUCUAAUGUUGAAUUUAAGUUUCACAGACGAACCAAUAGUAAAGAAUUUGUCUCUCCCGCAAUUUGUAAUCAAACUGAUAUGAUAUUUGAGAGACCUUUAGUUAAUAGUGAAGGUUCAUACCAUUUUAACAAUAUUGUCUCUCAUCCUCAUGAGUCAGCGAGUGUAUUUUCGGUGUCUGGCGAUAGGGAUGUAUCUCAAUACAAAAUGUUGCAUACUCUUUCUGAGUCAACGCUUCUGGAGAAUAAUGAAAAUUACAAAGGUCACAUGCAAUUUCCGUUUAAUGUUGAGAGAGAUAAAUUGUCAUCAUUGGAAACUUCAAGUUCUUUGGAAGAAUGUUCAAUACAGCCAGGAGAGAUAAAUGAUGGGAGAGAACAUAUGGCUUUACAUCAAAAGCCGCCCACUUUUGGAAUGACUGGUAGUUGCAAGAGAUCGUCAGAAAUUGGUAGAGAGAAAUUACAACAUGCAAAUAAAAGUGUUGAUUGGCUCGAUGAAAAAGUUGGAUCUAUGCCACAACAUUUACAGUACAUCUACUACCAACAGGGUGCUUGCUCAUCUUCACCAGACUUACAAAGUAUUGAAUGCAAUGCAUCUGCUGCACCAUUUAUCCCUUCACUAUCUACUAGAAGCAUUGAAGAGCAACCACAUGGUAUACCAUUAGACACACUUGCUUCUGAGUUUUCUAUGAGGAGCCAAAAUUCAUCAAUGCAUCGCCAAUUUAUCGUGUCGGAGACAAAAUAUGGUCAUCCACCUCCCCUUGACUCUUUUGAGUUACGACCUACUAACUCCCUACUCAUAACAGAGUCUGUACUACCAAUCUCAUAUCCAGAUAUGGUUUAUUCUUCACUAAGAGAGGUUGUUGUCCCUGAUGAUGAUCUUGCAUACUACCAGAACCAAAAGGAAGAAAACAUAGUCAAUGACAAACAAUCUCAUGAAUACAUAGAUGAAUUUUGCAUCAACAAGCCAGAAUCAACAACAGUUGUCACAGAGCAAAUUGAUUAUAUUUCUUCAGGUAUCCGGUCAUGCUUAGCUAAAGAGGACAAAGUUGAACAUACUUCUCUUACAAAGGCAGGGGUAGUGUUUGUUAAUCAUGAAUCUGAAAGUAAGCUCGCAAAAGCUGAUAGCGGAAACUUCAAUAGGCCUAUUGGUGAUUCAGAAACUUCUGAAAAAGAGCCUGAAUUGUAUGGUUUACAGAUUAUUGAGAAUGGCGAUCUCGAAGAACUACAUGAGUUAGGAUCUGGAACCUUUGGAACCGUUUAUCAUGGCAAAUGGAGGGGAACCGAUGUUGCAAUUAAGAGAAUAAAAAGUAGUUGUUUCGCUGGUAGACUGUCAGAGCAAGAACGGUUGACUAAAGAUUUUUGGAGAGAGGCAAAGAUCCUGUCAACUCUUCACCAUCCAAAUGUGGUGGCAUUUUACGGGAUAGUUCCAGAUGGCCCAGGUGGAACAUUGGCAACUGUAACAGAAUACAUGUUGCAUGGAUCACUGAGGAAUGUUCUCUUGAAGAAGGAGAGAGUGCUUGAUCGUCGUAAAAGGGUCAUGAUUGCAAUGGAUGCAGCCUUUGGAAUGGAAUAUUUGCAUUUGAAAAAUAUUGUUCAUUUUGAUUUGAAGUGUGAUAAUUUACUUGUCAAUUUGGGCGAUCCUGAACGGCCUGUAUGUAAGGUUGGAGAUUUUGGCCUAUCAAGAAUUAAACGCAACACACUUGUUUCGGGUGGUGUCAGAGGGACUCUCCCAUGGAUGGCACCAGAAUUAUUGGAUGGCAACAGUUGUAGAGUAUCUGAGAAGGUCGAUAUUUUCUCAUUUGGUAUAGCAAUGUGGGAAAUCUUGACUGGCGAAGAACCAUACGCUAAUAUGCAUUGUGGUGCCAUCAUAGGAGGUAUUGUUAGUAACACGCUCAGGCCAUCUAUUCCGAAACGAUGUGAUUCUGAGUGGAAAAAGUUGAUGGAAGAGUGUUGGAGCCCUGAUCCAGAAGCCAGACCAUCUUUCACAGAAGUUAAAAAUAGACUCCGCAGCAUGUCAGCGGCUCUGCAAAAAAAGAGACCUAAUGUUAGGAGUAGGUGAAAACAUACAUUUCUUGUAAAUGAAUGCAAAUAUGAAAGAGAGAUGGAAUGAGUUGUUUCAGAUGGUUAACAUUGUUUGUAUAGAAUCCAUAGUAUAGAGGUACAUUCUGAAAAUGAGUAAAGGCCAUUUAUAAAUUCCCCUGUUUUGUUUUUCUACCGGUGCAAAUCUAAUAUAAUCAGAUAAAUAUUAUCAUGGAGAGACUCGACGUCUUAUGAUAUCGAGGUCAGGAGUUCAAAUUU